GGCGCCGGAAGCGGGCCGGGGACGUCGUCGCGCGCGGGCCCCGAGCAGCUGCCGCGGAGCCGCCGGCGCGAGCAGGGCCGCCAUGGCCGAGAGCGACUGGGACACGGUGACGGUGCUGCGCAAGAAGGGGCCCACGGCGGCCCAGGCCAAGUCCAAGCAGGCCAUCUUAGCAGCCCAGAGGCGAGGAGAAGAUGUGGAGACUUCCAAGAAAUGGGCUGCCGGCCAGAACAAACAGCACUCGAUCACCAAGAACACGGCCAAGCUGGACCGGGAGACGGAGGAGCUACACCAUGACCGGGUGCCCCUGGAGGUGGGCAAGGUGAUCCAGCAGGGCCGGCAGGGCAAGGGGCUGACGCAGAAGGACCUGGCCACGAAAAUCAAUGAGAAGCCACAGGUCAUUGCUGACUACGAAAGCGGACGGGCCAUUCCCAACAACCAGGUUUUGGGCAAAAUCGAGCGAGCCAUUGGCCUCAAGCUCCGGGGCAAGGACGUGGGGAAGCCCAUCGAGAAGGGUCCGAGGGCGAAAUGAGCACAAAGCCUCGAAGUCAGCGCGUUCCGGCUGAUCGUCUGGCUGGUCGCUCGACCGCCAGACCCCGCGGGGUCUCUCCACACGGCUGAGCAGAACGGGGGUGUCAGACCUGUUGGGGGGUCCCCCUUAACCCUUGCCUGCUGUCAAACAGAACAAAGCCUUGCAAAGUA